CAGGCCCCCAAAACUCUGGGCUCCUCUCUGAGCCUCAUGUCACCCACCUCAGCCUCCCCUUCCCUGCCCCUGCCUUCUCCCCCUCCAGGGUGUGACCUCUCCUCCCCUGUCUCCUCUCUCCAUCAGUACCUCCUGUCUAUGGUCAUAGCUUAUUUCAGCCGUGCAGGGCUCUUCUCCUGGCAGUUUAGGCCAAUCCACUUCUUCCUGGCUCUGUACCUGGCCAAUGACAUGGAGGAGGACAACCAGGCCCCUAAACAAGACAUUUUUUACUUCCUCUAUGGGAAGAGCUAUGCCCAGCGCCCCAUGUUCCACAAACUGCGGUUCCAGCUCAUUCGGUCCAUGGACUGGAAGAUCUGGGUGUCCCGGGAGGAGUGUGAAGAGAUCCAAGCUUACAACCCAGAGCUGUGGGUGUGGGCACGCGAUCGCACCAACCUUACUUAGAACCCUAGAGCCAUGGAGGCCUAAGACCAUUGCCUGAGUUAGAUCCCUGUGCCUGAGGGAGACACUCUAUGCCAACAUUAAGGACUGCUGGGGGAAAGAAGAGAGGACGGCCUUGCACAGGAGACUAGAAGAACCCAGAUUCUUCUAGAAGGAGUGGAAUGGAAUCACCACACUGUGCUCCUGGGGUUGGGAACACAUGUAGGGGCUCUGGAGGGGAAAUGAGAAAUCAGGAUUCCUCCAGGGCCCAUUCUACUCAGCGGCACCAUCUAGAUGUUAUGCCUAAUGUCCUCAGUCCCAUCUCCCCGAGGUAGCAGCUGAAGACCCAAUGGUUUCCUAUAAUUUGUCUCCACAGUCUCAGGCCAUUGAAGGAGGCACUCAGGGCUCAGAUGAGGAGGGACCUACCUUCAAAAUAUAGUAUUUGAGCCAUAUAUUUGGAAUAGAAAGCUUUAAUAUAUUUCAUAUUUUUAUUGGAGUCUAUAAAUGUUUAUCAUAGAAUUAUUUAUUUCGAAUAGUUUUGAGAUAUUGUGGAUUGAAAGUAUGCAGUUAUUGCAGUUUUGUGAUGGAUGUUAAAACUUUUCUAUGUGUAAAUAUUCUCUAAGAGAAGAUUCGGGGUUUUUAAUCUAUUUGUUUUGUUUUGAGACAGAGCCUCACUAGGUAGCCCUGCCUAGCCUUGAAUUUCCUUCAUGGACCAGACUGACCUCAAACUCAGAGAGACCCACCUGCUUCUGCCUCCUGAGUGCUGGGAUUAAAAGUGUGUGCCACCAUGCCUUGUGGGUUUUUAGAUUCUACUUAUAGAUACUUGUUUCAUGUAAAUAUAAAUUCUUGUUUGAAAUUUACUCUAUAUUACUGAGUUGUGAACAAAUAAUACUUAUUUAACUUCCUUUGAUCUAAAGAUGAUAUGUAUUUUGAAGGAGCACAUUUUUAAAUAAAUAUUCUUUUGUCAAUAGCCUAGACUCUCAUCUUUCUAUACAGUCUGAGUUUAUUUAUUCAUGUUUUAUUUUUUCUUUAUGUGUAUGGCUGUUUUGCCUACAUGGAUGCACAUGCAUCACAUGCAUGCAGUGCCCACAUAGUCCAAGAGAGGACAUUAGAUGCCCUGGAA